AUGGUAACUGAUGUGAUAAAGAAAGCUAAAGCCCUGGCCACACACGAAGAAUAUAAGAAAAUCUGGGAUAGCAACAUCGGCAAAAUCAAAGUCUGUGAACUUGAUAUUGCCCAACGUUGCUCCACAUUGAUUUUGGUACCAACAUUUUUGGUGGCAGCAGGGGGAUGGUCCAGCAUUUUGUCUUGGAGGGUGGCUCUCCUGGUCUUGGUUCUACACGCGGGGUCAUCUCAGGGACAAGGAGAUGAGGCCAACAGCGUCCGUGCUCGGAUGAUGCGUCCUUUCCGAAAUGCUGGCACUGGACCCAACGCCACAACCACGAACACAAACACAACCACGACCAGAGUUACAAGCAGUAGUGCUCAAGUUCAGGUUACCACAGAGGCUCCCUUAACAGAAGAACUGACCUCGACCUGCCAGCCGCCGCAGUUUGCGUGUGGCGGCAACUCGGGGAUCUGCCUGCAGUCCUCCCAGCGCUGUGACGGCAGCGAGGACUGCCCGGACGGGUCGGACGAGCACAACUGCAAUACGUGCGACGAGACCCGGAUGUUCCGGUGCUCAAACGGCCAAUGCAUCACCAAAUUCUGGAGAUGUGACGAUGAUGUGGAUUGCUUUGACCACAGCGACGAGCAGGGAUGUCCGGUCAAUGAGGAAAGCGCCUGCUCGAGUGGCUUCUUCGAGUGUGCGUCGGGCGAGUGCAUGCCGAGGUCGUGGGUGUGUGACGGGGAGAGCGACUGCGCGGAUCACACGGACGAGAGCGCCUGCUCGUCUGCCCCCGUGACUUGUCUGCCGAACCAGUUCAGAUGCAAAACCGGUACCUGCAUAGCUGCCGCCUUCCGGUGCGAUGGAGAACUGGACUGUCCCAGCGGCGAAGACGAGGCCCACUGCAGUGAUAUCCAGUGCAGCGAUUCCCAAGACCAUUACCAGUGCAAAAGUGGUGAAUGCAUUUCCAUCCAAGCAGUUUGCGACCAACAUGAAGACUGCCGGGAUGGUAGCGACGAGGGUGGUUUUUCCUCGGAGACGUGUAAGGUUACAGACUGCAUCCACCUGUGCAAAAUGACCCCUCAGGGACCCCACUGUAUGUGCAAAGAAGGCUAUGCACGAAAUACAUCAAAUGAUUGUGUAGAUGUGAACGAGUGUGCUGCCAACGUCUCUGUCUGUGAUCACUUCUGCCAAAAUACUGUCGGCGGCUUCAAUUGCUCCUGUGCAGAGGACUAUAUGCUGCAGGCUGACAUGAAAUCCUGCAAAACUACAAUACGAGGCGAUGCACUACUUUUCAUGGCACAAGGAAAUGACGUAAGGAUGUUGGACCUUGGCCUUACUCUGUAUUCGCAGAUCUAUGCAGGCUUUGCUCAGAGUAUAGCCAUUGCGUAUGAUCCGAUCGACGACAUGGUGUACUGGAGUACUGAUCAGGGUGUCUUCAGGAUAUCUAGAAGGGGCGGUACGAUCCCGUCUAUCGUAGUCAACGAAGGCGUGGGCAUGGUGGAAGGACUCGCAGUCUACUGGUUCGGGAGGAAUCUGUACACGACGGACUCCGUGUGGAAACGUGUGUUUGUGUGCUCCUCCCCAUGGAUCCUACAGUGAUUUGCCGACGAACUG